GCUUCAAAUCGCUUUCACCCCUCUUCUCGUGAAUGACUACCGCCGAGCAGCCUCCAUAUGUCGUUCUUGAAACGAGCCAAGGAACCAUCAGAAUAGAGCUGUACUGGAAGCAUGCGCCGAAAACAUGCAUGAAUUUUGCCGAAUUGGCCAAACGCGGAUAUUAUAACGGCGUACCAUUCCAUCGCGUCAUACGAGAUUUUAUGAUUCAAGGAGGCGACCCUACAGGAACUGGCCGUGGAGGUGCUUCGAUAUACGGCAGUUGUUUCGAAGACGAAAUUCAUCCUGAUCUUAAACACACAGGUGCUGGAGUCAUUUCCAUGGCAAACGCUGGGCCGAAUACAAACGGAAGUCAGUUUUUCAUCACUUUGGGCCCAACUCAAUGGCUUGAUGGAAAACAUACUAUCUUCGGACGAGUCGACGCCGGUAUGAAGGUUGUUCAACGUAUGGGCAUGGUUGAAGUUGACCAGUUCGACAGACCAAAAGAUCCGUUGAAGAUAAACCGAGCUUACACGGCAUCUGCUGCCUAGAGACCACAUUUAACUGGCCAGAUUGUAUAUAUUUUCCCCUAUAAAAUGUGCUCGUUUUCCACUUGUUUUCAGACAAACGCAUUGGGUAACAUGCGUGAUAAUAUCGAUUAUGAGGUGUCGCCUGUGUUCGGUCAGGUGGAAGAAGUGGGUAUUUUGGAGCAAGCG